AGUUUUGAUGUUAUGGCCGUAACAUUACAUACUACUGCGGGUGAUAUCAAGAUUGAAUUGUUCUGCCAAGAGUGUCCGAAAACUUGCGAAAACUUUCUUGCUCUUUGUGCCAGUGAUUAUUACAACAACAAUAUUUUUCACAGAAAUAUAAAGGACUUUAUGGUCCAAACUGGUGACCCCACAGGAACUGGGAAAGGUGGUAAUAGUAUUUGGGGGGCUCCUUUUGAAGACGAGCUCUCCGUAGAACUCCGACACGACGGUCGAGGGACAGUGUCUAUGGCAAACAACGGUCCAGAUACAAAUAAGUCGCAAUUUUUUAUCACAUACGCCAAACAACCUCAUCUUGACUUGAAAUAUACAGUGUUUGGAAAAGUUAUUGAUGGAUUCGAUGCGCUUGAUGAGCUUGAAACUAUUAAAGUUGACGCCAAAUAUCGCCCAGUGGUGGAACAGAGGUAUAUAAUUCAUCAAUAUAAUGUGAGGCAGAAAUUAUAUUCAACCCCUCAAAGAGACUUUGAAGCGGAAAAGGCGAAAAUCAAACAAUCUCAAGAGUAUUUUAAGCAGUACAUUGAAGAAUAUUAUGAAGAGGACAUGGAGGAAAAUGAAGAGGGACUUAUCUUGAAACCUAAGAUUCCUGUUGACGAUUUUAAUGUUGAGUCGCUGGAUGAUAUACUAGGACUGCUUAGACGAGAACGAGCUCAGGAUGUUGUCGUGCUAAAGUUAGGUUCCGAUGGACCAGGUGUUGUUAGUACAAUGGUGAGGUUUUUCAAGAAUGGCUUGUGA